UAAACAUCCAGUAACACAUAAAUGCCAGCAAUACACAUAGAUAUUGAACAACUCUCUGAAUUACGUGACUGAUCAGAUCAUUCUUUGCAUGAAUAUAAUUUUAGCUCUAUAACAACUGCUCUUGCUCUGCAAUUGAUAAGGGUACCAAAUCUAAAUCAUUCUUGUUUUGUUAGAGACAAAAUGGCGAGAUUACAAUACAUUUUAGUCAUAGUAGUUCUUGGAAUAUUGGCAACUACUAGUGUGGAGGGAUCUCAAUGUUCUUGUUGCAUUGGCCUUGUUAAAUGUUCUGGAGACAAUUGCUCGUGCAAAGGACUAUUUGGAUGUGGUGGAUGUGAAGCUACCGAUAGUAGGGCAUCUUCAGAUGAAGAAAACAUUCGAAAGAAAAGGGAAAGGAGAAACUAUGUUAUUUACGAAGAAGAAAAACAAAACAGAAUACACUAUACUUCUGGGACAACCCUCGUACUAAUCAGCUUGAUAUCCUUUCGGAUAUAUAAAGCAAGGAAAGAAAAUGGAAAAAUGAGAAAUGCAGAUUUGAUAAGAGCAACAUGUGAAUGCGGAGCCCCUUGCUUUAAAAUGGAACAGACGGAAAGUGGAUGUGCUUGUGUGCCCACUGGAGAGUGCUAUGGCUAAGAUUGAACACUAAGAAUACAUAAUAAUGAACCUUCAUGAAUAUAAUAUGAAGUAACAGAUAAAUAAAUAAAUUCAUUUUAUUGAGCAUCAGUUGAA